UAAAUACGGUAAAGGGAAGCCAUGUUGAGGGCGGCGAGGAAUCGAUCACCAGCCAGACGAGUAUAAACAAAAAUGGCCGCCAGGAAGUUCACAACGGAGGAUUUGGAGGCACACAUCCAGGAGAUCCAAAACAAAAAGGCGGGACUCAAGAAUGGCGCGCCGCAGCCAGGAGGCGGCGGCGGCGGUGGCGGUGGCGGGGGGGAGGGCCAGACCAAGGAGGGGGAGCGGGUGAGGCUGGACGGGGGCGGCUACUUCGACAGCGACAUCUACGACAUCUCCAACGGCAACAAAUACGCCAACUAUGUGGAGUCGAUCGGCGUGGAUGACCUCGACGAGGAGGAGGACGAUGGGGGGACAACGCUGGGGAAGAAGGGCGGAGCUUACACAGCGCCUCAACUCUUCCUCAAUGAAAUGGUUGACAAAGACCACGACCCCAUGGCACAAUACAAGCGCCCCACCAUCGCUGACCGGGAGGAUGAGUACCGGGCACGGCGCAUCAUGCAAGUCAUCUCCCCCGAGCGCCUUGACCCCUUUGCCGACGGAGGAAAGACGCCGGACAUGAACGCGCGAACGUACGCCCACAUCAUGCAGGAGGCUCGGCUCAAGGGGGAGGAGGCCUUGAUCCGCAAGACCAUGGCGGAGCGGUCCAAGGAGGGCACGCUGCAGGUGGUGUCCAAUGGUGACCAGCCCAAGGCCGCCCCAAGGAAGCGCGGGCGCUGGGACCAGACAGCCGAUGAGACACCACAGCCCAAGAAGAAGUCCACGUGGGAGGCGGAGACGCCCUCCGUGGCACGCUGGGAUGAAACACCCGGCCGGGCCAAGGGCGGCGAGACCCCCGGGGCCACGCCAGGCCAGAGCACCCGCAUGUGGGACGCCACACCGGGCCACGCCACGCCCGGCCACGAGACACCCGGCCACGACAAGCAAACCCCCUCGGCGCGCCGCAACAGGUGGGACGAGACACCCAAGACAGACCGCGGCGAGACCCCCGGCCACAACAGCGGCUGGGCCGAAACUCCUCGCACAGACCGUGGCGCAGGCGACCCCAUCCAGGAGACCCCGACACCCAGCGCCAGCAAGCGGCGGUCACGCUGGGACGAGACCCCGGCCGCCCAGACCCCCGUGGCCACCCCCUCGGGGGCCAUGACCCCCUCCACGCCCCACACACCCAGCAUGACACCCGGCAUGAUGACCCCGGGCGGCAUCACGCCCGGCGGCACCACCCCCGUGGGCCCCAAGGCCAUCGGCAUGGCCACGCCCUCGCCCGGCCAGCUGGUCAACAUGACGCCGGAGCAGAUCCACGCCUUUCGCUGGGAGCGCGAGAUUGACGAGCGCAACAGACCCAUGACGGAUGAGGAGCUGGACUCCCUCUUCCCGCCGGGCUACGAGAUCCUGCCACCACCGCAGGGCUACGUGCCCAUCCGCACACCAGCCCGCAAGCUGACGGCCACACCCACGCCCAUGGCUGGCACGCCCCAGGGCUUCUACAUGCAGAAGGAGGGCAGCACACCACGCCAUGACGACUCCCAGCCCAAGGGCAACCUGCCGCUGCUCAAGCCCGAGGACGCGCAGUACUUCGACAAGCUGCUGCAGGACGUGGACGAGGAGAGCCUCAGCCCUGAGGAGCAGAAGGAACGCAAGAUUAUGAAGCUGCUGCUCAAGAUCAAGAACGGCACGCCCCCCAUGCGUAAGGCAGCGCUGCGCCAGAUCACAGACAAGGCGCGGGAGUUUGGCGCCGGGCCGCUCUUCAACCAGAUCCUGCCGCUGCUCAUGUCCCCCACGCUGGAGGACCAGGAGCGCCACUUGCUGGUCAAGGUCAUCGACCGCGUGCUGUACAAGCUGGACGACCUGGUGCGCCCCUACGUGCACAAGAUCCUGGUGGUGAUCGAGCCGCUGCUCAUCGAUGAGGACUACUACGCCCGCGUGGAGGGCCGCGAGAUCAUCAGUAACUUGGCCAAGGCCGCCGGCCUGGCCACCAUGAUCUCCACCAUGCGACCGGACAUUGACAACAUUGAUGAGUACGUGCGUAACACCACGGCGCGUGCCUUUGCCGUGGUGGCGUCCGCGCUGGGCAUCCCCUCCCUGCUGCCCUUCCUCAAGGCGGUGUGCAAGAGCAAGAAGUCCUGGCAGGCGCGCCACACCGGCAUCAAGAUCGUGCAGCAGAUCGCCAUCCUGAUGGGCUGCGCCAUCCUGCCCCACCUGCGCUCCCUGGUGGAGAUCAUCGAGCACGGCCUGGUGGACGAGCAGCAGAAGGUGCGCACCAUCACUGCCCUGGCCCUGGCUGCCCUGGCUGAGGCUGCCACACCCUACGGUAUCGAGAGCUUCGAUUCGGUGCUCAAGCCGCUGUGGCGCGGCAUCCGGCAGCACCGCGGCAAGGGCCUGGCCGCCUUCCUCAAGGCCAUCGGCUACCUCAUCCCCCUGAUGGACGGCGAGUACGCCGACUACUACACGCGUGAGGUGAUGCUGAUCCUGAUCCGAGAGUUCCAGAGUCCCGACGAGGAGAUGAAGAAGAUCGUGCUGAAGGUGGUGAAGCAGUGCUGCGCCACGGACGGCGUGGAGCCCGGCUACAUCAAGGAGGAGAUCCUGCCACACUUCUUCAAGCACUUCUGGAACCACCGCAUGGCCCUGGACCGCCGCAACUACCGGCAGCUGGUGGACACCACGGUGGAGAUCGCCAACAAGGUGGGCACCUCGGAGAUCGUCAACCGCAUCGUGGACGACCUCAAGGACGAGAACGAGCAGUACCGCAAGAUGGUGAUGGAGACCAUCGAGAAGAUCAUGGCCAACCUGGGCGCCGCAGACAUCGACUCCAGGCUGGAGGAGCAGCUGAUCGACGGCAUCCUGUACGCCUUCCAGGAGCAGACCACCGAGGACGUGGUCAUGCUCAACGGCUUCGGCACCAUCGUCAACGCCCUGGGCUCCCGCGUCAAGGCCUACCUGCCCCAGAUCUGCGGCACCAUCCUGUGGCGCCUCAACAACAAGUCCGCCAAGGUGCGCCAGCAGGCGGCCGACCUCAUCUCCCGCAUCGCCGUGGUGAUGAAGACCUGCCAGGAGGAGAAGCUGAUGGGCCACCUGGGCGUGGUGCUGUACGAGUACCUGGGGGAGGAGUACCCCGAGGUGCUGGGCUCCAUCCUGGGCGCCCUCAAGGGCAUCGUCAACGUCAUCGGCAUGCACAAGAUGAACCCGCCCAUCAAGGACCUGCUGCCGCGCCUCACACCCAUCCUCAAGAACAGGCACGAGAAGGUGCAGGAGAACUGCAUCGACCUGGUGGGCCGCAUCGCCGACCGCGGCCCGGAGUACGUCAGCCCCCGGGAGUGGAUGCGCAUCUGCUUUGAGCUGCUGGAGCUGCUGAAGGCCCACAAGAAGGCCAUCCGUCGCGCCACCGUCAACACCUUCGGCUACAUCGCCAAGGCCAUUGGCCCCCACGAUGUGCUGGCCACGCUGCUCAACAACCUCAAGGUGCAGGAGCGCCAGAACCGUGUCUGCACCACCGUGGCCAUCGCCAUCGUGGCGGAGACCUGCUCGCCCUUCACCGUGCUGCCCGGCCUCAUGAACGAGUACCGCGUGCCGGAGCUCAACGUGCAGAACGGCGUGCUCAAGUCCCUCUCCUUCCUCUUCGAGUACAUCGGCGAGAUGGGCAAAGACUACAUCUAUGCCGUCACCUCCCUGCUGGAGGACGCCCUCAUGGACCGUGACCUGGUGCACCGGCAGACAGCCUGCGCCGCCAUCAAGCACAUGGCCAUCGGCGUCUACGGCUUUGGCUGCGAGGACGCCAUGAUACACCUGCUCAACUACGUGUGGCCAAACAUCUUCGAGACCUCGCCCCACCUGGUGCAGGCCUUCAUGGACAGCAUCGAGGGCCUGCGCGUCGCACUCGGCCCACAGAAGAUCCUCCAGUACGUGCUCCAAGGCCUCUUCCACCCAGCCCGGAAGGUUCGCGACGUCUACUGGAAAAUCUACAACAACCUCUACAUCGGGGCCCAGGAUGCCUUAGUGGCCGGCUACCCGCGCAUCAACAACAUGGGGAACAAUGUUUACAGCCGUGAUGAGCUGGAUGUGUUGCUCUAGGGUGGUGUGGUGUGUUGCGUGUGAGAGGGGUGGGGGGUGGAGGAGGAGCUGGGAGAGGUGAUGUGUUGCGUAAGGGUUGAGAUACAGGAGGUAGAAAGGUUUGAAUGAUGUCUGGUGUGUUGCGGGAGUGGAAGGUGGAGGUGGUGGAGUGGUAUGGUCUAGUGUUGGGUGGAAGCAUCUGUGUGUUACGAGGAUGUGGAUGUGUUGCGUGGAUGACAAAGGAAAGGUAUGGAUGAGGUAGUGAUAUUAGUGUUGCAUGGAUGACCUGGGAAGAAUAUGGAUGAGGUGGUUGUGUUGCUGAGUAUUGCAAGAAUGUUGGAUGAAACGGUAUGUCUGGGUUGUGGAUGAAGGUGAUUGUGUUGCACGGAUGAGGUGUUUCAGCGGCGGAUGUAUGUGGGUGAGGUGCUGGUCUAGUUUUUGAAGGGGCUAAGACGUGUGUUGUUCUAGUGUUGCAAAGAAACGGGAGAAGGGGCCAUCCGUUGUGUUGCAUAGAGGGCGCAACACAAGGAUACAAGUGUUGCGGGAGAAAAUGGAUGUGUCGUAGACUGCACGGAAGCAAGAUUAAGUCUAUUUGUGUUCCGAUAGUAAGCACUCGCAACACAAUGGGAGUUUUUCAUAGUUCGGGCAGAGGACGCAACACUGAUUUUGGAGUGUUGUGUUCGGAGGAGGAGAAGAAAGAAGAGGAAGAGGAGGAGGAGGAGGAGGACUAAGAGGAGGUGUUUGUGGAUUAAAUUCUAUGGUUUUGAUUUUGUGUUGUGUUGUGUUCGAUGAAUAUCAUUAUUAUUAUUAUUAUUAUUAUUAUUAUUAUUAUUAUUAUUAUUAUUAUUAUUAUUAUUAUUUUUAUUUUUCACAUUUUCCCUCCUGCUCCAUCAUUUUCUCUCCUUCCUUCUCUCUUCUCCUCCUCCUCCUCCUCCUCCUCCUCCUCCAAUACCACAUUUUAUGACUUAAGUACAAACAGUUUUUUCUCUCCCUUCCUCCUCCUUUCCUCCUUUCCUCCCUCCGCUCUUCCCUCCCUCCUUCAUUCCUCUUUGUAUGUCUAAGUACAAAUUUUCCUUCUCUCUUCUUCCUUCCUUCCUCCUCUUCUCCUCCCUUCCUUCCUUCCUCCUCUCUUCCUUCCUUCCAUUCAUCUGUUUUUUUUUUUUUUUUAUAAGAUAUCCAAUGAUUCAGUCGCCUAUAUAUUUUUUUUUAAUUUCUCUUAUAGCGUUGUUUAUAUAUAUCCUCGGCGUCAUUUUUGUUAUUUUUUUUUCUUUUGCGUCCAUUUCAUUGUUGUUUUUGUCAUUUUUUCCGAUUUUUUAAUUUAUUUAUUUAUUUUUUUUUUUUGUGGAAGUUCCUCGCAGGGUUUGUUUCCUUACUUUUUACUUAUUUACUUUAUUUUACUUAACUUACUUUACCGACACUAGUAUUUUUAGGGGUGUAAAUGUGUUUGCUUGGUUCUUAUUUGUUGACUAGGCUAUUAUUAUUAUUAUUAUUAUUAUUAUUAUUAUUAUUAUUAUUAUUAUUAUUAUUAUUAUUAUUAUUUUUGGUGGUGGUUGAAAUUAUUGUAUAUUAUCAAAAGAAUUAAAAUAUAUUACCACCCACUGCACUAUUGUUUUAAUGUUUUGCAAAAUGUUAAUAUAUCUCAAAAAACUGAUUUAUCACAUUAUUAUUAUUAUUAUUAUUAUUAUUAUUAUUAUUAUUAUUAUAACAAGACAACAUUCAACAAUUUAUUUUUUUCGAUCUGGGCGUAAAUUUUUGUUUUUAUUAUUUUUUUCAAUCUGGGUGUAAAUUUUUGGUUUUAUUAAUUUUUUCUUUCAUUUCCGGUCAUUUUUUUUCCCCCUUUAAUAUGUAAGUGAUUAUCAUAUUUCUCUUUCUUUGCAAUCUUUAUUUUUUUAUUUUUUUAUUUUUUUAUUUUUUUCCACAUCCGAGAGUCAUGAUUUUUUUUUUUUAUUUCCGAGCCGUCGUUUCUUUGAUUUCCGAGCGAUUGUCAUUUUUUCUUCCAUUUCCGAGCGAUUCUUUUCUCUCAUUUCCAAGCGAUUAUUAUUUUUCCUUGAUUUCCGAGCGAUUGUCAUUUUUUCUUCCAUUUCCGAGCGAUUCUUUUCUCUCAUUUCCAAGCGAUCUAUUAUUUUUCCUUGAUUUCCGAGCGAUUGUCAUUUUAUCUUCCAUUUCCGAGCGAUUCUUUUCUCGUUUCCAAGUGAUCUAUUAUUUUUCCUUGAUUUCCGAGCGAUUGUCAUUUUAUCUUCCAUUUCCGAGCGAUUCUUUUCUCUCAUUUCCAAGCGAUCUAUUAUUUUUCCUUGAUUUCCGAGCGAUUGUCAUUUUUUCUUCCAUUUCCGAGCGAUUCUUUUCUCUCAUUUCCAAGCGAUCUAUUAUUUUUCCUUGAUUUCCGAGCGAUUGUCAUUUUUUCUUCCAUUUCCGAGCGAUUCUUUUCUCUCAUUUCCAAGCGAUUAUUAUUUUUCCUUGAUUUCCGAGCGAUUGUUAUUUUUUCUUCCAUUUCCGAGCGAUUUUUUCAAUUUCUUACGAUCAUUUAGACUUUAAUUAUCACUGCGUUACUCUGUACAUUUAUAAGGCUGCGUAGGUGUUAGGGCCGUGUGUGUGUGUGCGUGUGUGUGCAUGUGUGUGUGUGUGUGCGCGAGAGUUAACUAGCCAGGAUGUGUGUGUGUGUGUGUACAUUUUGAUUUACUUUCACAUACACACACACACACACGCACACACACACAUAGAAGCUUUUGUCACCCUUGGAUGUUUGGGACAAAGGAAAUAUUAAAAAAAGAAGGAAAAUAAGAAUAGUUUGUAAUUCUUGAAUGAAGUACAAGUGUUUCACCA